CCAUGUAGUUUUUAACAGAAAUAACUUACAUGUUUGGCACAUCACACCUCAUAUAUUCGGUUUAUAGAUGUUCUGUACGAGUUGUGCGCAGUUUAAAACGGUAACACUGUCUUAUACGUUAAAGUGGGUCUAUUUGUCCGUUGCCGUGACAGGCAGUGUUUCGGUCUCUCUUAAACAUGGCCACCAUGAUGGAGUAAACGCUACAACUUUAAAAUUCAUAUAAUCGAGGAAAACUAUGCUUCUUUCACCCAAAUGAGGAAUGUUUCGACCUGAAAUAUCGUACCAAACGCUUAAUCCACAUGAGAGCUUUGGGAAAAGUUUCUUUUUGGAUUACAUUCUGAAUUAAGUUGGCUGGAAGCUGGAAAGGAAAAAAGAAUUGCAUCAAUUCCAAUGUCAUCAGAGGAUAAGAGUCUGGAUCCCUCUGAGCAAGGACCAUCUCCUCCCCUGAGCAGUGCUGGGGCCACGCCCUCAGGGAGCCCGGCCCCCUCAGAUAGACGCCCACGGGGCCGGCCACGCAAGGAUGCUAACUCUGUCACACUCACACCACAGUCCAAAAGAAAGUUUCGUAGUCAAGGUUGUGCACAGGCCGAUGAUGAGGACAGCAUGGACGCCUCUGAUGUCACACCAACUCCAGACAUUGACAUCACACCAGAGAUGGAUAUGCUUGAGCCAGAUACGGAUGAUGAUUAUUUCCCUGAGCCACUGGAUCUCAGCCCCAGAGAUGAGAGGCCUCUGUCCCCGCUCUUCCAGCGCUCCGUGUCAGAAGACUCUGCUGGCUCGUCUGCCUCCACCACUAGAAAAGCCAAAACUAGAGAAAAGCUCUGUGCCUUCUGCUACUGUGGAGAAAAGAGUCUCUUGGGUCAGGGUGAGCUGAAACUGUUUGGACCCACGCCUGGUUAUGUCCCCUUGCACAUCCGGAACCGCCGCGGCAGCUCCGAGAAGGAUGACGAUUACCAUGAUGACGACAAUGAUUUCGAUGACAACCGCAGCCCAGGCCAUCGUGGGAGAGGCCUGAAAAAGGUCAGCUCUCCAGACAGUGGCCUGCACUCGACCUCUGCUCCUGGGAGUACAGACCCCGCUGCUGAGGAGCCCAGCCGCAAAUUCUGGGAUGAACUGGGCCAAAUAGGCCUUCCCGAUGACAUUAACGUUUCGUCUUUAUUCGACCCCACUGGCCAGUGUUGCGCUCACCUGCGCUGUGCUGCCUGGUCAGAAGGUGUAUGCCGUGGGGAGGGACAGUCGCUGCUGUAUGUGGACAAAGCAAUUGACUCAGGGAGCACAGAGUGCUGUGCAUACUGUAAGCGCCUUGGAGCAUCCAUAAAGUGCUGUGAGGAGAGCUGUGGGCGCUCCUUUCAUUACCCCUGUGCAGCUGCUGCCGGAACCUUCCAGAACAUAAAGACAUACACCCUCCUCUGCCCGGAUCACAUCCAGCAAGCCCUCAUCCGAUCAAAAGAUGAGGUGAACUGUCUGGUGUGUGACAGUUCUGGAGACUUACUCGAUCAGCUGUUUUGCUGCACAUGUGGCCAGCAUUACCAUGGGGCCUGUCUGGACAUCACUGUGACCCCGCUGAAGAGGGCCGGCUGGCAGUGUCCUGAGUGCAAAGUCUGCCUGGCAUGCAAGAACCCAGGGGAAGACAGCAAGAUGCUGGUGUGUGACAUGUGUGAUAAAGGGUAUCACACAUUCUGCCUGCAGCCCAUCGUGGACACAAUACCCACCAAUGGCUGGAGGUGCAAGAACUGCCGGGCGUGUGCUCAGUGUGGCAUGAGGCCUAACGGUCAGUGGUCAUCUAAUGGUGUAAUGUGUGAAGGAUGUCAACAGCAGCAUGAUUCAGCACAGCUCUGCUUCAUCUGUGGGCAGAAUCAGGACUCUGGCAAUCCUACAGACAAACACUCAUGCUGCACAUGCAAGAGAUGGGUUCACGUGGACUGUGAGAGGCAGGAGGGUGCUGACCCUAACAGUCAGGUGCAGGAUGGGUACACCUGCAGAGUGUGUAAGCAGGUUCAAGAGGAGAGCGGGCACAAUCAGCCCAUCAGCAGCCAGGAGCCUUCGCUCGCUGACCCAGAGCCAAUCGAGGAUGUCUUCAUGGCUGUUGAAGAAGUUAAUGAGGCUGAGGAGGAAGUGGCGUUGGAGACAGAGCUCAGUACUAGUCCUCUUCCUACUCUGCCAGAAGAGUUUCUGUCAUCUGCUGAACCUCCCCAGGAGAUCCAGGUUACAGUCACUUUGACAGAGGGUCCCGAACCUCCUCCAUGCUCCUCUACUUUAGUGGGCGUACCCUCCCUCUCCUUUCAGGCCUCUACCACUUCUGAAGACCAAAACCAGGAACAGAGUCUCAUUGGUGCUUUGGAAAUGGGGAAGGAAACGGAGGAUAAACUGCCUGAAGCUACAGAGGAUGAACCUGAAGCAGAUGUUUCAAAAGCUCUUCCUGCUUUGCCAACCAAAGAAACAUCACCCAAACUUUCUCGAGCCCAAGAGGAAGAGCCUAUGUUAGUCUGUCCCUCAGACACCUCCAAUAUGAAGGAUAAAAGGAUGACAAAUGUCCCAGAAGCCCAGAGUGUUGUGGAGGAAAUUGAGCAGGGACAGAAACAGGACCAACCAGAACAUGAAGAGAAGGAGGUGAUAGAUCCCGAGCUCACUUGUAUUUUACCUGAGCCUGAUAGUGUCCCACUGGUUUCAGAGUGCAGUCCUACUGUGGAAAUGGACACUACACCUGUCAGCGAGCACAGUUUCUCCAGUUUUAGUUCUCCCAUUGAGGAUAAGAGCCUCAUUUUAAAGCAUUCCCCGGGAAUGUCGUCCGAGGGCUCGACCAAGUUGACCCAGUCCCCGUUUUCCACUGAAGCCUCGCCCAGGGAGAUAUCUCAAAGCCAGACGCCAACCCACAGCCUGAAUCCAGCUGCAUACAGCCCCAGUGUUUUCAACACCACCUUCUUCCCUCUUACGCCCAAGAUAGGUAUGGGAAAGCCAGCCAUCUCCAAGAGGAAGUUCUCUCCUGGAAGGCCAAGGGUAAAGCAGGGUGCAUGGAGUAACCGUAGCGCAAUGAGCUCGCCUUCCUGGUCUCCAGAGCGCUUGGACGCCUGGGACAGCCCAAAGACCAGGCCGAUGCACGGGCUGCCCAUCUGGACCAUGAGAUUGGGUCGUGGAUCUGGCUUUCCUGGAAGGCGGCGACCCAGGGGAACUAACCUGUCUGGGAGAGGUGGCAGGGGACGCUCCAGGCUAAAGAUGGAGAGCAGCCCCAUGGUGACCCCUGGGGUGAGCUUUAUGGAUUCUCCAUAUGUUGUAAAAGAAGAGGAGGAGAACUCCAUGCACAACACUGUGGUCAUGUUCUCCACCUCUGACUCCUUCACACUUAAACAAGACAUGUGUGUGGUGUGUGGGAGCUUCGGUCAGGGUGCUGAGGGCAGACUGUUGGCCUGCUCCCAAUGCGGCCAGUGCUACCACCCCUUCUGCGUCAAUAUUAAGAUCACAAAAGUGGUGUUGAGUAAAGGCUGGCGCUGUCUGGAGUGCACAGUGUGUGAGGCCUGUGGGCAGGCCAGUGACCCCGGGCGCUUACUGCUCUGUGAUGACUGUGACAUUAGCUACCACACAUACUGUCUGGACCCGCCACUGCAGAAUGUACCCAAAGGCAGCUGGAAGUGCAAGUGGUGCGUGUUGUGUACUCAGUGUGGAGCCACGUCCCCCGGCCUGCGGUGUGACUGGCAGAACAACUACACGCAAUGCGGCCCAUGUGCGAGUCUCACUGUGUGUCCCGUGUGCGCGCGCAACUACAGAGAGGAAGAGCUCAUCCUACAGUGCCGGCAGUGUGACAGGUGGGUUCAUGCCUCAUGUCAAGGGCUGAACUCUGAUGAAGAGGUGGAGAAUGCAGCGGACGAGGGCUUUGACUGCUCUCUAUGUAGAAUGCACACCAUGCCAACAGCUGGUGGCACAGUGGCAAAGCUCAUGGACAUCAGCGAGCCUCCUUUAGUGACACAGAUUCUUGCAAAAGUCAAGGAAAAUGAAUUCCAGCGGACGUAUACUAAGGAUGGCGUGUGUCUGACUGAGUCAGGCUUGUGCCAGCUCCAGAGUUUAUGUGUCCCAGCUGCCCGCCGCAGACGACCCAAACCUAAACUAAAGCUGAAGAUCAUCAAUCAGAACAGUGUUGCCGUGCUGCAGACGCCCCCUGACCCUCAGGCUGAACUCUUCAGGGACGGAGAUAUGGAUGACAGUAGAGAGGGCGAUCCGAUGGACUGUGAUGGGAAAUCUGACUCCAGCCCCGAGCGUGAGCCCUGUGAUGACCACCUGAAAGGGGCCGACGGCAACAAGAAGAGGAAAAGGAAGCCGUACAGACCGGGUAUCGGUGGCUUUAUGGUGCGUCAGAGGAGCAAAGCAGGCCAGGGAAAAGGCAAGCGGUCUCUCAGUCAGAAAGACUCUACAAGCUCGCUUGCAGAGACCCUCACAGGAAAGGAACAAGGUUGGAAUGAACCAGAUACUCCAGUGGGUGGGACUCCCAUUGUUAGUGAGCCUCUGGAGAAAGUCAAGAAGAGAUACAGGAAGAAGAAAACCAAACUCGAAGAGGUCUUCCCCUCGUACCUACAGGAAGCAUUUUUUGGGAAAGAACUUCUGGUUAAAAGCAAGAAGACCAAGUCGACUCUGGAAACGGGGCUUGUGGAGGAAGAACCCAAUCAUGCAGACAGCAAAUCACAAACCAGAAGCUUCCUGGACCCUUUAUCUGACCCACUUCUCAGUACCACUUCCACUCCAGGCUCAUCUAAAGCAGGGCAACUGCCCAAUGUGGAGGAUCCCUUAGCUGAGCUGGUUCUACAUUCAGAUGAUGAUCUCCUGGGAAUGCUGUCCGAUGACCUGGUCAAGCCAGGCCCUGAAUCAGGUCUUGAUUUAUGCCCUUUCCAGGUGGACCGUUCCCCCUCUCCAUUCGCUGGUUUGAACAUUGGCACCCUACCGGAUGAUCAGUCGGCUUCCCCUCAUCCUGGCUCUUCUCGAGGGUCUAGGACACUACAAGAGGAACCUCUGGAUGUAAUACUAAGUCCUGAGCUGGACAAGAUGGUUUCUGAUGGGGCCAUUCUGAGUAAGUUCUACAAAAUUCCAGAACUGGAGGGUAAGGACGUGGAAGACUUAUUCACAGCAGUGCUCAGUCCAAGCGCCAACCAGCCACCUCAACUUACUCAUUCACCCAACACUGCCUCAGCCACAGCAAUGUCUCUCCAGAACCCAGGAGAUGCUGGUGGAAUGUUCCCACGCUUGCCUAUGAUGAAUGGCAUGAUGGGGCCAAACACGCACAUUAUUCCGAACCCCAUGAUUGCUGAAGCUGGAGUGUCUGGCACAUUCUCUUCCAUCCACCGCAUGCCUUUUCCAGAAAAUGUGACGGAGAAGAAAUUCAGCCAGAUAGGGGGUGAUGUGAUUGGUCCCUGGGCUUCUCCUGGGCCCGUGCCCGGAUCUGUCCCUCCACCAGAGGUGGAGACUGACACCAUGUCCAAUGCUCAGAGGAGCACGUUAAAGUGGGAGAAAGAGGAAACGCUUGGUGAAAUGGCCACUGUGGCUCCUGUUCUAUACACCAAUAUGAACUUCCCUAACCUUCCAGAUGAAUUUCCAGAUUGGGCAACUAGAGUAAAGCAAAUUGCAAAGUUAUGGAGGAAAGCUAGUUCUCAGGAAAGGGCACCUUAUGUGCAAAAGGCGAGAGACAACCGAGCAGCCCUUCGUAUAAACAAAGUUCAGAUGUCUAAUGACACAAUGAAAAGACAGCAACAGCAGCAGCAGCCAGUUGAUCCCUUUGAUCCCAGCAUUCCCAUAGACACAGAGCUGCUCUUCAAGGAUCCGCUCAAGCACAAAGAAUCUGAGCAUGAACAAGAGUGGAAGUUCAGACAGCAAAUGAGACAAAAGAGCAAACAACAGGCCAAAAUUGAAGCCACACAAAAGUUAGAACAGGUUAAAAAUGAGCAGCAGCAACUUCAGAAACAGCAGCAACAACAGCAAUUCAGUGGAGACACCUCAGAGUCUGGUAGUCAGAGUCCAGUGACAACUCAAACCAGCAGUGGUAACACUUCUCCUUUGCAAGAAUUGACCUCCAAAGAUGACUUCCAGAUGCUUGAAACUGUGACAUCGGGUACAUCAACAGAUGAUGUAUUUCUGCGUCCCCAACCUCCACCCCCUUCAUCCACAGCAAAGACCCCUACCCAGGACACUCAGUACAUGCAGGGACCCUCAUCUCAGCCUCAGUCUCCUCAAAUGUUUUCACCAGAAUCAUCUGGAUCCCGUCCUUCUUCUCCGUGGGAUCCAUAUGGUAAAAUGGUGGGAACCCCCAGGCCACCACCAUCUGGGUUAAGCACGCCUCGAAGAGGUUCUUUGUCUGACGUUCAAGAAAGGAAUAGGCCCUCACCAGCUCAUGAAUCCACAGACCCUUAUGCAAAGCCUCCAGACACACCUCGACCAUCAGACCCAUUUGUGAAACCUAUGUGUCCACCCAGACCAGGACCAUUAACUGAGCAGCAAGGACAAAACUUCAUUAGUAAUGUCAUGCCUGGAGACAAUUUUUCCAGGCCAGGCCAAAGAUCGGAAGUGUACCAGCGCAUGGCCCAUAGCCGCAUGGUUCUCUCUGACCCCUACUCUAGGCCACUGUUAACACCUAUUCCAGGGAGUAAUGAGUCUGGAUCUGUGCCUGUGUUCAAAACACCCAUGCUUCCUUCACAGUUUCAGCAAGACUCAUUCAGCGCGGGGCAGCAAGGCAUGAGAAGGGGGUCAUCUGACGCUUUCUCUCAAAUUCAACACUCUGACCCUUAUUCACAUCAGCCUCUAACACCCCAUCCAUCAAUGGGAGAUGGUUUCAGUAAUGAGGGCAGAAUGAUGCAUCCAGGACAAGGAGGUCCUUUUGCCCAACCAUUGCCCAUGAGCAGACACCCUCAACGAGAUCCAUAUUCACAGGCACCAUCUACACCUAGGCCAGACUACCCUCAACAAAUGCCUGAUCCAUACGCUCAGCCUCCUGGUACUCCAAGACCUCAUGAUCCAUAUGCCCAGAUGCCUGGUACCCCAAGACCACACUCUGAUCCAUACCCAUUGCUACCAUCCACACCUAGAACUGUAUCAAUUGAUCCGUUUUCUCAGUCACCUAAUAGUCGCAGACAAUCUCCGUCUCAUGCUAUUGAUCCAUAUGCUCAGAUGCCAGGUACUCCAAGGCCUUUUCCGGGAGAGAGAUACCCUAAAUCACCAGGUAGUCAGAGAUCCUCAGAUCCCUUCUUACAGCCUCCUGGAACUCCUAGGCCAGUCAAAAAUGAAACUUAUGAUCAAUCACCAGGAACACCAAGGCCAGUUCUUCCUGACCCAUAUUGUCAACCCCCUGGUACCCCACGUCCAGGAGCUGGCCCAGAAGCCUUCUCCAGACCAAAUCCUAGAUUAAACUUUGUGGCCCAUCAAACAGAUCAACUUGGCCAUCAAGCACAAAGUAGGAUGCAGGACCCAUUUGCUCGUCCCUGUGCCCUUGAUUCUCAAACCCCCAAACAUCCUGUGAUUUCAGAUGAAAGUCUCUCCCUACAACAGACAAAUCCUAACCAGACACCUAUUCAUGAUCCUUUUGAACAAGCUUCACUAACCCCAUGUUCACAAACAGGGGAGAGAUUGUCACAUGAUGUUUCAGUAAACACAGGCAACCCAUCGGAUUCACAUAACACAAUGCAACCACCACUUGGAGAGACUGAAGAGAAAAUUAAACAGCGCCAAAGACUACGGCAGUUAAUUCUCAGACAGCAGCAGCAGAAAAGUGCAAUCAGACUAGAAAAAGGACUCCAGGAGGCAACUGCUACUGCUGCACCUGGGACUCCAAGGCAUUGGUCACAGGACGAUUCUGGACCUCAGAAGGAUAUUUUUGGUAGACCCCCACCUCCAUAUCCAGGUACUAUGAGAUCAUCACCAAUUAAUGCAGGACAAAGAUUUCCUGGAACUUUCCUUGCCGAUCAACAUGGGUCCAUGUCUGAUGAACCCCAGUGCUCCCGGCCGCCAUUACCCAGAGACCUGAACAACAUGGGCACAAGACUGCAAGGACAAAGAUUUGGAUUUCCUCCUGGAGCUCCAAACCAAGAACAAUUCAUCAGGCCCCCUCACCAGAUACAAGGUGGACCAAUGCUUGACAAUAUCCCACCACAUAUGAGACGACCUCUUUCUGUUGACAUUGCUAGGCAAAUAGGCAGUAAUCAUCAGAUGGGCCUUCCCCAGCAUUUUCCGCCACGUGGCCUUUCAAUGCAACAACAUAAUAUAAUGGGUCAACCAUUUAUUGAACUUUGUCACAGGGCUCCAGAGAACAGAGUCAGACUACCGUUUGGGCCACCUAAUGCUUUGGAUCAUCCUAAUCAUCCUCAGAGACCUCCUCAUGGCUUCAUGGGAGGCCAAAAUAUGGCCUUUACAGGAAAUCAAGGUCCCAGAAUAAUGGAUCCGAUGUUGGGCCUUUCACGACAAGGAUCAGUCAGUCACAUGCAGACUUCAGCUAAUAUGGAUAACCUGCAUCACCAUACAAAUACAGUUCCACAACAGACUACACUGGCAGUACCACUUCGCCAUUUGGUCAGUAGGGAUUCAGUUACUCCCAGCGAAUCUGCACUACUCCCUGUCACAACAUCUGGACCAACAGAGGAAAUCCCAUUGCCAUGUAGUGAUGGUGUUGAGAAGCUUGAAACGGAUGACUCUGCUGUGAAGGACCUUGAUGAUGUGGAGGUCAAAGACUUGGUUGAUGAGGACCUGGACAACCUGAACCUUGAUGCAGAUGAUGGCAAAGAUUUAGACCUGGAAACAAAUGACCUUCAUCUUGAUGAUCUUCUGGAAUCUGGAAAGUUUGAUCUUAUUGCUUAUGCAGAUCCUGAGAACCUUGGGGACAAAAAAGACAUGUUUAAUGAAGAACUUGAUUUGAGUGAUCACAUAGAAGAUGACCAUGGGGAUACCUCUGAUCUUCAGAAGGCCUUGUCUGAAAAAAGAAAUUCCAGAUGUGAAGGUAUAUCCUCAGCUCAACCUAAAUCAGAGGCCAUACAAGGUCCUAGUAAUGUCAAACUAGAAAAAAGUCUGUCAAAAGAGUUUCUGGACUCUCAGUCUGAAAGAACUAUCAAAACUGAGAGCCAAGGUUUUGGAACCUCAGUGGAUGACCAUCAGCCCAUGAGUAGUAAAAGUGGUCAAGACGAUGUCUCCGUUCUUUUUGAGGAGUCUAGUGCACAUGUACAUCCUGGAUCUUCUCCAGUGUUGUCAAGCCUGUUGAUCAAGGAAAAGCUAGGUGAAACUAGGAGUGAAUCCAUAAUUUCUCCCAUCUCGGGUGACCCUGAUGCCCAAACGAAUCUUGGCUCCAACAUGAGUAUGGUGAUGCUGCGAGGACAACCCGAAGAUCACGGGAUAAACCCUGGAGUAACAAUGGGGCACAGAGUAGAUCCACCUCUAAGCCAAGGGCCAAUAUUAGGUAACCCAAAUUUGAUGCAGUCUGGGAACCAGCAGGUACCAAUUCAAGGGUUUGGAGCAUCACAAGGACAGCAAGUGGAUCUGAACCUGCCUAUAGUUAGUGGUCAGCAGCCUGUUCCCCAUUCCUUAAACCUACAAACUCAACAGGGCAUGUUCAAUCCAGGGGCUACAGGGCAACAGGGGUCUCAAGUGCAACAAAGUCAACAGAACAGACCUCUUCUGUUAGAUGAGCAGCCCCUUCUUCUUCAAGAUCUGCUGGAUCAAGAGAGGCAGGAACAACAACAGCAAAGGCAGAUGCAGGCCAUGAUUCGGCAACGGUCAAAUGACCCUUUUUUACCUAACAUUGACUUUGAUGCAAUUACUGAUCCAAUCAUGAAGGCAAAGAUGGUAGCUCUAAAGGGGAUCAACAAAGUGAUGGUACAGAACAGUAUGGGUAUGACACCCAUAGUUAUGAACAGAGUGCAACAGAUUCCAGGAUCACAUGCCCCAGAUACAGCUGGUUUUUCACAACAUUUUUUGGAUGGAAAAUUGCCACCACAGAUUGCGAGACCCAAUCCCCCUAACUUUGGACCAGGCUUUGUCAAUGAUUCUCAGAGAAAACAAUACGAGGAGUGGCUUCAGGAAACUCAACAGCUUCUUCAAAUGCAGCAGAAGUUUUUAGAGGACCAGAUUGGGGCCCAUAGGAAAUCUAAAAAGGCUCUCUCUGCAAAACAGCGCACUGCAAAAAAAUCUGGACGGGAGUUCCCAGAGGAGGAUGCAGAACAGCUGAAACAUGUGACUGAACAGCAAAGUGUGGUUCAAAAGCAACUAGAACAGAUACGGAAGCAACAGAAAGAACAUGCUGAGCUCAUCGAGGAAUACCGUGUUAAGCAGCAACAACAGCAACAGCGCCUCCAACCUGCUGUGAUGGGUCCAAUAAAGGCCAUGCCAGGAAUGCAAGGACAGCCCCCUCCAGUGAUGCCUGGUGGACCCCCUAUGGGCCAGCCUAUGAUGGGUCCUAUGCUGCCCGUGCAACAACCCCACUUUGGUAAGCCUACUCGCAUGCCCAACGUGCCACGUUGGCAUCCUGGUACUACUGGACCAAUGACUGGACCCAGGAUGCCACCUCACCUGCCCCCUCAGAUGCCACUACCUAACCCCUCCCAGCCUCUCCAGACACAGCCACCUUCCCCUAUGGUUCCAGGAGGUAAACCUGGGCAGCCUGGCACUGUAGCUGGAGGUAAUGGCGGAGGAGCCAGUAGUAGUAGUGCCCCUCAUGUGAAGUUUGAUGAUAAUAAUCCAUUUAGCGAAGGCUUCCAGGAGCGGGAGCGUCGAGAGCGGCUUCGAGAGCAGCAGGAGAAACAGCGGGUGCAGCUCAUGCAGGAAGUGGAGAGACAAAGGGCAUUGCAGAGACUAGAGCUGGAGCAGCAGGGCUUGGGGCUUGGCCCCAACAACAGCGGGGAUGGUCUUACCCAGAUGCCCUUCUAUAAUUCAGACCUGUCACAGGAAUUCAUGCAGACACCCAGGACUCAACAACAACCACAGCAAAUUGGCCCAGUGUUUCCUCAGCAAGGAAAUAUGCCAUUAGACUUUGUAAAUCCAGGUCCAGCCUUUUUGCAAGGUGGCGAGCGCAGGCCUAUGCCCGGGAAUGGUUCCUUUCGCCCAGAUAUAAGUUCUAAUUUUCAGCCUAAGAACCCCAUGAUGCAUGGUUUCACCCCAGGUCAGCCACGUCCACCUGGGUUUGGAGGGCUUGGAAUGCCACCCCACGGUGGAGGUGAAACUUCCUCAUUUGGUAUGGAUUCCACAACUCCUUUACCUCCUAAUUUCCCUGGGGCAGGUCAGUCCCUUAUCCAGCUCUACUCAAACAUUAUCCCUGAGGAGAAGGGCAAAAAGAAAAGGAGUCGAAAAAAGAAACGGGAUGAUGAUGCAGAUUCGGUCAAAACUCCUUCCACACCUCACUCUGACAUCACUACCCCACUUACACCAUGUGUAUCAGACACCUCAUCCACACCAACACGCAGUGUUGCCAUCAUGGGAGACCAAGACGCUUUAGACCAAGACCCACUUUCUGGAGGUACCCCACUAGGGCGACAGUCCAGCGUGGGUUCGGAGGCAGAGCAAGGCCUUCUCCGUGAUAUCAAGCUGGAAAAGUUAGAAGCCAGUGUGUGCCAGAAGGCUGAAGAAGAAGCAAUGUUUGGCCAUAGUGCAGGAGGAACCGGUAUAGUAAAGACAGAAGAGGGCAAUGAGAUUAUCUCCCCCAGCCCAGCAUGCAAGAGUCCAGUUCAGAGCACUAAAGGGGACACUGGGAAUGAGUUGCUCAAACAUCUUCUGAAGAACAAGAGCACCCCUCCUCCUUCCUCAGCUCCUCUCAUACAUCAGAUGUCCAAUGACAGUAUUCAAUCAGAGGAAGAGGGCCUGACUGACAGCAAAGGCUAUUUAAGACUGGACAGCACAGAUUCUUUGAGUGGCAUGAACAGCCAGACAGGGAAUCCAGAUCUAGAGCCUUCAGUACCAGAGCAAAGCAAGAGAAAACAACGCAACAAGCGGACACCAAAGAAUGGGGCUGAGAAACCGCCAUCACGCUGGAAAAAGAGGAAGAAGGAUGACGAGGAGAGACAAGCAGUGUACACCAACACAGACACGCUGAUGACUCAGCUCAAGCAGCAGCUUUCUAUGCUGCCCCUGAUGGAGCCUUUGAUCAGGGUAAACUUUGCACAUUUCCCCCUGUAUGGCAGUGGGCAAUUGAACGGUGAGAACAGGCUCUCUGGAUCUUUUGGAAGUGCAUCAUUGGAUGGAGUUUCUGAUUACUACUCGCAACUUAUCUAUAAGCAAAACAAUCUUAGCAAUCCUCCAACACCUCCUGCCUCACUGCCCCCCACACCGCCACCUGUUGCCAGGCAGAAGCUGUUGAACGGCUUUGCCACUGCAGAGGAACUGGCCAAGAAGGCAGAAAUUAUGGUUUCUAAAAGUUUGGGUCAGAAGCAGCUCAAUGCUCCAUUCAAAGCUGAAGAUGACCUGCUGGGACACACCAUCACUCAGGGCCCAAAGACUGUUGAUGUUCCUGCUUCGCUUCCCACUCCACCCCACAACAACCAGGAAGAACUUCGGGGUCAGGAGCAUUGUGUGGACAGGGACACUCCAGACAGUUUUGUCCCAUCAUCUUCUCCUGAGAGUGUGGUUGGCAUGGAGAUCAGCCGUUAUCCAGAUCUGUCUAGAGUUAAAGAGGAGCCACCAUCCCCUGCUGUCUCUCCAGUCAUUCCUAUACUGGAUGGUAACGGUUCUGAAGCCAGGCAGUGGGAAGUCAAGACAGAGCCACCAAGCAAUUUCUUUGCUUCGCAAUUUGGACAGCACUCUACAUGCUUAAGAACUGACCUGGUGUCUGUAUCUGUUACUCUGAACCCAGUGGCAACACAUAAUAUACCAGGAGUGGUGUCAGCACUGGCGAACAUGCUUUGUGUGUCCAUACCCAGGAACUAUGAGGUGAUUCGCUCUCCAGGCCAAGAACACCGCAGCUCAAUAGACAUGUUUAGUGAACUUAGGGUCCCCCCUCAAACUACUCUGUUCCACCAACAGCCUGGUAUGAGGCUCCUCAGACCACCAGGUGCCCCACUAUCACACCAAACAUUCAUUGAGGGUUCAGUUGUGGUCAGACCAGACUAUCAGAUGGGUGGAAGCAGUCCAGGGCCUAAACCACAGUGGUGCUCCCAUUGCAGGGUGGUGAUUCUUGGAAAUGGUGUUCGAAAGUCCCCCAAAGACCUGCCAAUAAAUAAACAGGGCCAUGGAGGAUCUGAGGGGAGCCUUGUCUUCUGCAGCCAUAACUGCUUUGUUCUCUAUUCAGCCUCCAUGCAGAAUAAAUUGUUAGAUGGCAAACCAAACGUGCUUCCACCAUCUGACUCUGAGGAUAAGCAUAAUCCCACUAAGGUGUUUCAUCAAUACAGUAACAACAUAUCCGAUCUUGACGUGCGCUGUUUGGCUCAGCUGCAGCCCAAGCAGUCUCCACCCCCAACUCCGAUAAUAUCCUUCCCCUCCAUCACUUCUGAGACACUCCGAGGAGAUAGCAAGUCUGAUACUCUAAAGGUCACAGUGAAGCUUAAGCCUCGGCCACGAGCGGUACACAACGGUGUGGAUGACCCUCGAUGUUCAUUUGGGAAGCGCUGGAAAGCCUUACGUUGGAGAAAGUGGAGUGUUCAAAUUGUGGUGCCUAAGGGUAACUACCACCUGCCAGGGGAGGAAGAGGUUGAUGAACUACUGAAGAAACUGGGGACGUCUCUUAGGCCUGAGCCCAUGCCCAAAGACUUGCGCCGCUGCUGCUUCUGCCACGAAGAAGGUGACGGGCUCACUGACGGGCCGGCCCGUCUACUAAACCUUGAUCUGGAUUUAUGGGUGCACCUCAACUGUGCCCUGUGGUCUACUGAAGUCUAUGAGACCCAGGCUGGAGCUCUCAUUAACGUAGAAAUGGCCCUGAGGAGAGGCCUAUCGGUGCGCUGUACAUACUGUCAGCAAAUCGGUGCAACGAGUGGCUGCCACCGCUUGCGUUGCACUAAUGCGUACCAUUUUACUUGUGCCCUUAAAGCACAGUGUACAUUCUUCAAAGAUAAGACUAUGCUGUGCCACCUGCACAGACCCAGAGGAACCGGCUCAAUAGGAGGUGGGCUGGCGGGAACCGAGCAUGAACUUCGCUGCUUUGCCGUGUUCCGUAGGGUCUACGUGCAGAGGGAUGAGGCACGGCAGAUCGCCAGCAUCAUCCAGAGGGGUGAGCGAGAACACACCUUCCGUGUGGGCAGCUUGGUGUUUCACUCGGUUGGUCAGCUGCUUCCUCACCAGAUGCAGGCUUUCCACUCGAUGUCUGCCAUUUUCCCUGUGGGCUACAAGGCCAGCCGGAUCUACUGGAGCAUGCGUCAUGGCAACCGCCGUUGCCACUACGUUUGUUCCAUCGAUGAGAAAGACUGUGACCCUGAGUUUAUCAUCCGUGUGGUGGAGCAGGGUUAUGAUGACUUGGUUCUUACUGGAUCCUCACCAAAAGGUGUGUGGGAUAAGGUUCUGGAGCCUGUGGCGGAGAGAAGGAACGAGGCAGGAUCUCUGAAGCUCUUCCCUGUUUACCUGAAGGGAGAGGACCUAUUUGGACUGACUGUAUCUGCUGUUACCAGGGUUGUGGAAUCUCUUCCUGGAGUGGAGGCAUGUGAGCAAUACACGUUCCGUUAUGGCCGUAACCCUCUGAUGCAGUUGCCUUUGGCCAUCAACCCCUCUGGAUGUGCCCGCUCUGAACCUAAAGCUUGCACACAUGUCAAGAGGUUUGUGUUAAGGCCUCAUACCCUGACCAGCAGCAGCUUCUCUAAGGCCCUGCCGAGCUCUGGGAACCCGGCUGAGAUGGGUGUCGCACCAUACAGCAAGCAGUUUGUCCAUUCCAAGUCCUUUCAGUACCGUCGUAUGAAGGCUGAGUGGAAGUCCAACGUCUACUUAGCUCGUUCACGUAUACAGGGUUUAGGGCUGUAUGCUGCUAGGGACAUUGAAAAAUACACCAUGGUUAUGGAAUACAUUGGUACCAUCAUUCGCAACGAGGUGGCAAACAGGAAAGAGAAGAUGUACGAGGCACAGAAUCGUGGAGUCUACAUGUUUCGCAUUGAUAGUGAGCAUGUAAUUGAUGCGACUAUUACAGGAGGACCUGCAAGGUAUAUCAACCAUUCCUGUGCGCCCAACUGCAUUGCUGAGGUUGUAACCUUUGAGAGAGAUCACAAAAUCAUCAUCACUUCCAACCGCAGAAUCCAGAGAGGCGAAGAGUUGUGUUACGACUACAAGUUUGAUCUGGAAGACGAUCAGCAUAAAAUCCCUUGUCACUGUGGCGCAGUUAACUGCAGGAAAUGGAUGAAUUGAAAGAUGUCAGUGAAACAUACGCAUUCCUUUUUAUUUGUUUAGGCCCAGAAAACAUUUUAAUACGUCAAUUCUGAUAAACAAAAAUGUUAGGGCACGAUUUAGACCGCAGAACUGUAAGGGGUUUUCAGAA